AUGACAGACUCAUCGACAUCGCUGACACCAUUAUUUGAAAAUAUUUGCACGAUUUGUACAAUUGCUUUAUUUCUGACUGGAACUCAAAUAUGUAAGAGAAUUUAUCGUAUGAAUGCAACUGGAGAUAUUUCUGGCUUUCCAUUCAUUGCUACAUUUGUCAAUUGUACAUUAUGGGUGUUGUACGGUUAUUCAUCAGAUAAUUCGGCAAUAUUAUUAGUAAACCUUAUUGGCGCUUUUCUUCAAAUGUUCUAUGCUUUAUUUUAUCUUCGCUAUGCGCAAGAUCGUUAUAACUCAACGGAUAAACUGUCAGUCGUAUUUCGUACGGGUAUUAUUUGUUGUGUUUGCACAGUUAUUAUGUUUGGUUCACCGUUGGCAUCAUUGAAAGAAGUAGUUCAAAAACAAAGUACAGACUCGUUAUCAUUUCCACUUUGUUUUGCUAAUUUUGUUGUUGCAACUGAAUGGUUUUUAUACGGUUUAUUAAUCGAUGAUCGAUUUGUACAGGUGCCAAAUUUUCUUGGUGCUAUUCUUGGAAUUAUUCAAGUUUCAUUGUUUUUAAAAUAUUCAAAACAAUCACCACUAUUACCAAAAGUUACAAAUUUGGGAGGAAUCUGA